AUGGCCGGAAACUAUCACCACGCAGUGAAGAAGCCAUGGAAACGGCACAAGCCGCCUGCUCUCGAGUCUUUCCCCUCGCUCGAAUCCUCGGAUUCCGGUCCUCCCAGCCUCGUUUCCUCUAUGAGCUUCCGUCACUUGCUCUCCCGUCCCCUGGUCGAAGCGCCGUGUGAUCCGUCGUAUACGCCGUCCGCUACCGCGAUUUCCGGUGCUCCUUUGGUUUCUCAUCGUCCGAUUAGCGUCCGUGUAUUCACGGAGGAAUCGAGGGAGUUCGGCUCGCAUGUGCGAGCUGGUGAGAGCUUUGCGCUUGAGGCGCAUGCGACAUUACAAAGCGACGGGGGAAGCGACGGAGCAAGCGACGCUUUCGCGUGUUUCGCGCAACGAAAGCCGUCGCAACCGAUGAUUGACAUCAACCACCCGCCGUCUGCGCUUUAUGACUCCACGUCACAGGAUUCCUCCCAAGCGCCUGCGACUCCCGCGGUCAGCGACGGCUCCCCUGUCGUCUGCCACGGUGUCAACAUGUUCUUCAAUCGCGACGACGUCGCAGACGCAUCGCACGGUCUCGCCACUGCGACAGCCGCUCGCACACACCCUGCCUCCGUUCCAUCUAUUGCCGUUUCUGGUCCUCAGUCCCCCGCUCCUAGAUCCGCUCUCCCCCAUAGCCUCCGUCAUAAAGCCGUUAGCCGGAUGUCAGUUCCCGAUGUGAAUAAACAGUCGACCGUCGCGAAUGCAUCAGCUUCGCAUGAAACGCACAGCCAUCACCAUCAGCAGCGUCAGGUACAUGAUCGACAUCAGCAGCAGCAGUUGCAGCAAUUUUAUCAGCAGAAGCACGGCCGAAAAUCGGCAUGCGAGCCUGAGGUGGCGCGAGAGGAGGUGACUGGAGGCGACGAGUCGCCCGAACGUUGGGACUCCAGCGACGUGGACGACGCGACUGCGACGCAGAGUAACGGAAUCGCGAAGACCUGCGCGCACUGUGGCACGUCGAAAACGCCUCUCUGGAGAAAUGGCCCUCCCGGACCCAAGUCACUGUGCAAUGCAUGCGGCAUUCGGUUCAACAAGAUCCGGAGUGGCAAGCGCAAGGCAUCGCCCCAAGAGGCAGCAAUGUUGCGAGAAUACGACUCUGCCGAUCCGACCUUAUCCAAGCCCCUGCCUCAAUCUCCAGUGCACAAAGCGCGCUCCCGACUACCUCGCCCUCGUGCUGGUCUCUUUGUUUAUGCGCCUUCGUCAUGCUGUGAAGGCCUUCCCUCUGCUGCUACCAGCAGCAACAGUGACUGCGGCAGCCCAGCAGGAGAAGGGCCAGAGGAGGGGGAAGUGUGCGAGGAUUUUACAAGGUCGCAUACUGGAAAGAGAGCGUGUCUGAGGCACGAGACGGAACAGCUUGGGAAUAAAGUGGAUGAAGAUGAUGUGGUGCUUGGAGCUGAGCUCCUUGUCUCACUUUUCAGCAGCUGCCCAGUGUAA